CCCAUGUCCAGGGGAGCAUCUAAAUUUCUGUUCCCGACGUUCCGGCUGCCCCUUUCGAAAAUGAGGUCUCCCAAUUGUCAUGAGACCCUCCAGAGUCUUGCAACGGGCCCUAUUUAAGGUCUGCAUAUUCCUCGAUGGUUCUCUUCAUCACAUCGACAAGUUUCCACAGUUCACCAUCAUGUAUCGAUUUCUCGCUGUUACUUCCGCUCUUGUGGCCCUGGCCCAGGGUCAAUUGGUUGGUACUCAACAAACUGAGACUCAUCCCGGCAUGACAUGGCAGACAUGCACUGCAAAGGGCAGUUGUACGACUAAGAACGGCAAAAUCGUCAUCGAUGCCAAUUGGCGAUGGCUUCAUACUAAGACUGGAUACACCAACUGCUAUACCGGUAACGAAUGGAACUCGACUCUUUGCUCCACCAACAAGGACUGCGCUUCCAACUGCGCUUUGGAUGGAGCAGACUACAAGGGAACAUAUGGUAUCACUGCAAGCGGAAACUCUCUGCAAUUGAAAUUCGUCACUAAGGGUUCGUACUCUACCAACAUCGGCUCUCGCACGUACCUCAUGAAGGACGAUACAACCUAUGAGAUGUUCAAGUUGGCCCCGAACAACGAGUUCACCUUCGAUGUGGACCUCUCCAACCUACCCUGUGGAUUGAACGGAGCUCUUUACUUUGUAUCCAUGGAUGCAGAUGGUGGUAUGAAGAAGUACUCCACCAACAAGGCUGGUGCGAAAUACGGCACCGGCUACUGCGAUGCGCAAUGCCCACGAGAUCUCAAGUUCAUCAACGGAGAGGGUAAUGCCGAGGGCUGGACAGCAUCAUCGAACGAUCAGAACGCAGGUGUUGGUGGCCAUGGCUCCUGCUGUGCUGAGAUGGAUAUCUGGGAAGCGAACUCUGUUUCCACUGCCGUGACUCCUCACUCCUGCUCCACGAUCGAGCAGAGCCGCUGCGACGGCGACAAAUGUGGUGGAACCUACUCUGCAGACCGUUAUACAGGUGUUUGCGAUCCCGAUGGUUGUGAUUUCAACUCAUACCGCAUGGGCGACAAGACUUUCUACGGCAAGGGAAAGACUGUCGACACAAGCAAGAAGUUCACCGUCGUCACUCAAUUCGUCGGCAGCGGUGAUAGCAUGGAAAUCAAGCGCUUCUACGUCCAGGGCGGCAAGGUCAUCCCCAACUCCGACUCCAAGAUUGCUGGCGUCGAAGGUAACUCCAUCACCACCAAGUUCUGCGAUGCUCAGAAGAAGGUCUUCGGCGAUACCUACACCUUCAAAGAUAAGGGUGGCAUGGCCAACAUGUCGAAGGCUCUGCAACAGGGUAUGGUUCUUGUCAUGAGCUUGUGGGAUGACCAUUACGCCAACAUGCUCUGGCUCGACUCCACCUACCCAACUGACAAGGACCCGAGCGUCCCUGGAAUCGGCCGUGGCGAGUGCGAAACCGGUUCUGGUGUACCUGCUGAUGUUGAAUCCAAGAGUGCUGAUGCUUCCGUCAUCUACUCCAACAUCAAGUUUGGCCCAUUGAACUCUACCUUCGGCUAAGAAAAUAGACGUACAGAUACAUCACUGUACAAGCAUAGUGAUUGCAAUGGUUGUCGCUAAAUUUUCCGCUUCAAAUAGCUCUCACACUCUUUUUAUCAAUUGAGAACUUCUGCUGUAUCAUGAUUGUGCCUCGCGCUGUAGUUUAUGACAAGCUUGUUCGCCAAUACUUACAAAAGCUUAAACGGCUUGACUGUAGUACUGAUCGU